AUGAGUGGAUCUGGCAAACGCCACAUCCUUCGAUGCAUGGGUAACAGUGGAAUUUGUAGGGCCUCUUGCAAAAAGAAUGAACAGCCCUACCUCUAUUGCAGAAAUUAUCAGGCCUGCUGCCUCCAGUCCUACAUGAGGAUAAGCAUUUCCGGCAAAGAGGAAAAUACCGAUUGGUCUUAUGAGAAGCAGUGGCCAAGACUACCUUGAGUGCUGGUGAUUACCAUUCUCAACCUCUCUGGGCAGAGACCUGCUGUCAACCCCCCUCAUUAAAAUUCAUGUACCUGCUAC